UGAUGGUGACCUUUGUUACUGUGGUCCCAGCUCUCUGCAGGUCAUUCACCAGUAGCUCUUUUCCAUCGCCUGGUCUGGGACGGUCAGGUCUGGGUAUUAUGGACCGGUAUGUACCGGUAUGGGUCUAGAAGUUUUCUGGCAAGCGUUUCUAUCACAUUCCAGGCUCCAGUAACUAGGCGGGGUAGCGUAAUGCGUCACGCGCGAUGUGUGCCUUAACGUCACACAGCGCGACGAGAUCGCGCCAAAACACAACAACAAUGGAGUCCAGUCACCAGCGCGUUCUUUCUGUUCUUGGUGUUUGGUAUAUUCUUUACACCCACAUCACGAUAGCGUUUAGAGCUAUGCUGUGCGCAUCGAGGAGGAGGGCAGCUGAAAGGCGACGACGCUUUCUGAAAUUAAUAUCGGACACGAGGCAUAACUUUCUACUGUUGAGACAAAGACGGAGGCGCCAGGUGGUAAGUAACUUCUAAUGCUGUAAUACGUCGUUAUAAUCUCUGAGGGGGUGUCUAGGGCAACUAUCAAAAAACAAAAACAAAAAAAAAAGCACCAAAAUCAAAUGGUUUGGUUGUAUAUUGGUCAUUUAAGACAUGCUAAACAUGAAAGGCCAACACCUAACUAAGUUUCAAACAGCUCCUGCACUCAUGGUGAUGCUAGUCAACAGGAGGGCCUGAAUCCUUCACUCUUUACUUCCUGGGCAUGUCAUAGAUAAGUUGUGCAGCUGUACUGAAAUUAUUAUAAUUAAUUAUAUAGGUAAUUACAAGCAAUACCACAUUUGUGCAUUUUAUAAAGUGAACAAAACAUAACCAGUCACUGGUAGUGCCAUAAAGAACAGCUGUUAUUUUAACCUUAAACAAAUUCUAUUGAUGUGAACUUUAUGUCUAUAACCAUACUGUUUCAAUCUUUUUCACAGCACUAUUCUUUUUACUUUUACUGUGUUAUGACUGUUUUUUUUUUUAGUUGGCUCUUUUGAAUCAGCGACGGCAACCAACUGUGUGGGCCUUCAGCCGUGCCAGCGCCUUCUGGGAUGUGACCAUGCCAAACUUCACUCCGUCAGAUUGGAUAGCUCAUUUCAGAAUGUCAGAAGAGACCUUUUCAUAUCUUUGUUCCAAGCUCCGUCCAGCCAUGCAGAAGAGGAACACCAACUUCAGAGCCUGCGUGCCACUCAGGAAAAGAGUUGCAAUUGCACUGUGGAAGCUUGCAACUAACAGUGAAUACAGGAGCAUCGGGCUUCUUUUUGGUGUCAGCACGACCUCUGUGUGCCGCUGUGUGCAGGACUUCUGUAAGGCUGUCUGUAAACUCUUGCUUGCCGAGGUUAUUGCUUUUCCAACUCUGCAAAAGCUACAGGAAAUGGCUGACUAUUUUGAGACCAGGUGGGGGGUUCCUCAGUGUGUGGGUGCCAUCGAUGGUUCCCAUAUCCCAAUAAUCGCACCACAGGGAUUCCACACAGACUACUUCAAUAGGAAAGGUUGGCAUUCCAUAAUCCUCCAGGGCAUUGUGGAUGGCAGAGGCAUGUUCUGGAAUGUUAAUGCAGGUCAGCCAGGUAGCUUGCAUGAUGCCCGUGUGCUGCGAUUGUCCACAUUUUGGGACUUGGUUGCUCAUGGACAACUGCACCCAACUAGUACCAAGAACAUUGAGGGAGUAAAUGUAGGCUUUUAUGUGCUCGGGGACUCUGCCUAUCCUCUGCAGAACUGGCUCCUAAAACCAUUUUCUGACAACGGUCGUCUCACUGCUGAACAACAGGCGUACAACAGGAAAACGUCCAGAGCCAGAGUUGUGGUCGAAAAUGCAUUUGGGAGGCUAAAGGGUAGGUGGCGAUGUCUUCUGAAGAGAAACGACAGUGAUGUAGAGCUUCUUAAACACAUGGUGCUGACCUGUUGUGUGCUUCACAAUAUCUGUGAGAGCCAUGGGGAGGAAUAUACAGAAUGCGACGCACCUGCUGAUGAACCAGUGGUUGCAAAUAUGCAGGAAGUUGCAGAGGAGGGCAGUGAUGUGCGUGAAGCUCUGAUGCGACACUUCACCCGCUGACCUCAGUUUGUGUUUUUUCUUUCCAUUUAC